AUGCCAGCAGAUCGACGAGACCGAUCUAGAUCUCGUGAUCGCAGCGAUGGUCACUAUGGUCCCCCAGGAGGAUAUGGCGGCGGCGGACAGCAGCAACUUCCUGUAGUGGUUCCCACCAACAUUAUGUUCAGUGCACAACAAGCCGCACAAGACAAGAUUAACAGGGAGUUGUUUGUAGGCAAUACUCCUCCGGGUACCAGUGAAUUGCUGCUGUUGCACUUUCUCAAUGCAGCCAUGAGGCGUGUGAAUCUCUGCCAACCCAACGAGACACCCAUUUUGAAUUGUCGUGUCAAUACCAAAUUCGCCUUUAUUGAAUUGGUUCAUGCGGAAGUGGCCAAUCGAGCAUUGAGUCUCAAUGGCAUUCCCUUUUUGGGUGCCGUCUUGAAGGUAUCACGUCCUUCCAAAUACACGGGUCCUCCCAUGCCGGCCAAAACAUGGCAAUCGCUCACAGGACAACAAUUGCCAAUGGGGGUUGCCUUGGAUGCCGAACAAGAAAAGGUCAAUCGAGAAUUGUUUGUGGGGAAUACCACACCCGAAAUGACAGAAUCCAUGCUACGAGAAUUUCUGGGAAACGCCAUGUUGCAGGUUGGACUCAACAUUUUGCCGGGAAAUCCCAUUACCGCUUGUCGCGUCUCUGGAAAAUUUGCCUUUAUCGAACUGCGGUCGCCACAAGAAGCCGCCAAUGCCUUGAAUUUGACCAAUAUCCCCUUUAUGGGGACACAGUUGCGUGUGGGACGACCCUCCAAAUGGAAUGGACCACCCGAUCAUCAUGGAAACUGGGAAGAUAUACUCGCCAAAUACAUGUCUGGAGAAUUGCAGUUGGGAGAUGCCGCCGUGGGUGGAGCCACCAGCAACAACAACCCUCCUGCUGUUCCAGAACCAGCCGCUGGCAAUCCACCCUCUCGUGUGGUGGAACUCAAACACAUGUUGGCACCACAAGAUUUGGAAAAUGAGGAAGAGUACAAUGAUAUUCUCGAAGAUACCAGAGAGGAAUGUUCCCAAUUUGGACAACUCAUUAGCGUCGUCAUCCCCAAAGCGAAUGAAGUGGGAGCCACCAAAAUCUUUUUGGAAUACACCAGCAAUAUGGAUGCACAAAAGGCUAUUGACGGAUUACGGGGACGGACGUUUGAUGGGCGCAAAGUGCAGGCGGAGUUCUUUGAUGAAACCAAAUUCGCAUCGAAGGAUUAUGCAUGA